CUCGGAGAGGCGGAGCUCCGGACCUCUAAAGCCCGCCUUCCUUAAUAAAUACAGCUCGUAGCAUCCCAGUCAGCCGGCGGAACUGACUUUAUGGUGGCUCAAGCAGUCGCGGGAACCUCGAAGGUGGAACCCCACGUAACGAGAUGACCCGAAGCUGCUCUGCAGUGGGCUGCAGCACCCGUGACACCGUGCUGAGCCGCGAGCGCGGCCUCUCCUUCCACCAGUGCGUAUUUCCAACUGAUACCAUACAGCGCUCAAAAUGGAUCAGGGCUGUCAACCGUGUGGACCCCAGAAGCAAAAAGAUUUGGAUUCCAGGACCAGGUGCUAUACUGUGUUCCAGGCAUUUUCAAAAAUGUGACUUUGAGUCAUAUGGUGUAAGAAGAAAGCUGAAAAAAGGAGCUGUGCCCUCACUUUCUCUAUGCAAGGUUCCUCAAGGUGUACGUCUUACAGGUAAAGCAAGUCAGAACAUCCAAAAACAACCACUUCCAGAUGAUUCUGAGGAGGUUGCUACUGAAGACCAUAACUAUAGUUUAAGAAAUCCCUGGACAGUAGGUGCAGAGAAACUGGCUGAGGUGCAACAAAUGUUACAAAUGUCCCAAAAAAGAAUAGUCACUGUCAAAAACUACAGGAUGAUCAAGAGGAGGAAAGGCUUGCAAUUAAUUGAUGCGCUUGUAGAAGAAAAACUACUUUCUGAAGAAACAGAGUGUCUGCUUCGAGCACAGUUUUCAGAUUUUAAGUGGGACUUGUAUAACUGGAAAGAAACAUCUGAGUACUCCACGGAAAUGAAACAGUUUGCAUGCAUGCUGUACUUGUGCAGCAGCAAAGUUUAUGACUAUGUAAGAAAGAUUCUUAAGCUGCCUCAUUCUUCCAUCCUCAGAACACAGGGUCUUCCUAAACUGCUAACUUGCCGAGGCUAUGGUUGAAUAUGUGAUCCUCCUACCUAAGCCUCCUAGAGUGCUGGGAUUACAGGAGUGCACUACCAAACUUGAUUACAGAUAAGUUUUAAUAGCUGCAUAAUAUCGGGUAGUCCUACCCUUCUCAACCCUUCUCCAGCUAUUGAACAUUGAUAUUGUUUUCCACUUUUUUAUUACACUUGCUACUUCCUGUCUUGAGAUGAGUAUGUGUGUAAAAGAUUACUCUUUCAUAAUUUGUUUUGCCAUUCAAACUAGUAUUAUACUUAUUUACAGUGUCCAUCUGCUAAGCAUGAGAUGUUUUUAUAGAAACGGCAUUGAUAUUUCUUUUCCUACACCUUUGUUGGCUGUCUUCUGUGGUAGUUUUAUUUAAAGUAUCACUGGUUUCCCACUAUGGUUUAUGUAAAGGCUUCUCAUCUUUAUUUUCCCAGAAUUUUCUUCAUUUCCUGAAGUUCCCUGUCAAUUCCUAGUUAGAUAAAAACUUGCCUGCAGAAUCAAACUCACACUUAACUUUUCUCAUGUUUGCUCUUCGUAAUCUCUGUUGUGAUAUUGUGUUUGGGUUUAUAAUUCCAGUGCUCACAUGGUUGUUUGUUUGGGUACUUUGGCUGUAACUAAGGUACAUUUUUAAGAUUGCAGUAAUAUAUGCUUAUUAUAAAAUUUUCAAAUGAUAUGUAAGUAUAUGAAUACCAAAGAUGAAAAACACUUUUAACCUUUCCCUUCCCCUAGUUCCACAAGAUAACUACUAUGAGCAGCUUGGUAUGUAACAUAUCCUCCAGACUUUGAUGCUCAGGGUGGAAUCCAGUGCCUCAUGCAUGCUAGGCAAGCACUUUUACCACUAAGCUAUAUCCCUAGCUCCAAGCUUUUUGAUCUGUUCAUCUAUCAACAAAAAUUUGUUUUGAUAGCUAUAUUUUCUUACAUAUUAAGGAUACUGAGAUUUUAACCAAAAGAAUCUGAAUGGUCAAACGUAUUUGUUUUUUGGUUAUAACGCAUUUAAAACUUAGAUCUGUUUUUAACACAGCUAUGCUUAAGUAUUAGAUCUGUGUAAUCAUAUUUGAUAAUUAUUCAAUAAAUAUUUAUUGAUCAAGAGCGUCCAGUGAGGCAGGAGGAAAACCAGGAGAUUGUGAUGGCCUUGAAAGCCAAGUAUAGAAAGUUUUUCAAGGAGGGAAUAGUGCACUAUGUCAAAUGCUGCUGGGAGAUCAAGUAAGAUGAGGACAGAGAAUUGACCCUUGGGUUAUGCAAGGUGGAAGUCACUGAUGACCUUGACAAAAGCAGUUACAGUGGAGCAGUGAAGAGGUAAACCUGGCUGGUGGAAUCAAAAGAUCGGAAAAUGAAGGAACAGAAAAGUAAUUAUGGGCUCUUUCAGGCCGUUUUGCUAUGAAAGAGAGCAGGAAAAUGGGUCUCUAGGAAGAAGGAAGGGUGUUUGAUUUGGCGGUGUUCCAGUGUGUUUGCAUGCCCAUGAGAAUGAUCCAGUAGAGAGACAAAAAUCAGGGGAUACAACAAAGGAUAAUUGCAUGGGCUAACCUCCAACACAGUUGGGGGGGGUUCUGACUUUAGAGCAGGGAUGGUCCAUCAGUUGGAUUGGGAAGAAAGGCAGAGAUACGGACACAGAUUGGGUGGAAUGAAAUGAGUUUUGAUCAGACUGCUGCUAUUUUCUCAAUAAAAUAAAGCUUGGCAGAGUUGAGGAGGGAGGGAUUAGAAGUUUGAAGACAAAGGAGAAAAUAAACAUAAUCAGCUCAGAGACCAGAGAAAUAAAUUAUGCAAAAAUGUAGAGCCAAAUUUGUGGUCAAAAUUAUUAAACAGGUGGUUAUUAGAUGAAGACAGACCAAGCUCCAAUUUUUCAGAAUACAUUAGGUUUGGUUAGGUAAUUACCUCACUCAGUAAUUCUAAUUGCCACACAUCUUUAAUUCUUAGUUGCCUGAGACGCCUCUCAAUUUUUUUUGUACUGAUGUUGGGUUCUUUGUCAGUUCUCUCUGAGUUCUUUUUGUCUACAGUUUAGAGCUGUGCUGUUCAUACUUUCAGGGCUUUGGGUUCCUAAAAUGGUAUGUUUUCACAAGUCCUUUGAAGUCAUACUGUUAGAGUCUCAGCUUUCCUAGUUAUACCAUAAUAAUGAUGCAUUUAGUAUAAUGUUGGUCAUAGAAAAUGCCUGCACAGUUGUUCCUUGUUUGUAUUUCCUGUUUCUAAGUUUCUGUGUUUGUAUUCACUUCCAGUAAAUUAACUUCUUCUACAGGUGAUGGCUGUGAGAGAAAACACUUCCUGUAGAGGAAGUUUGGUAUACUCAACAUAGUGGGUCUAACCUUGCUUCCAGGCUGUUUUAAGUCAGUCACCCAGCUGACUCCCUGUAAUCAUUCCAUGACUAAGCUACUAGAUGGUAGUUACAUUAGAAAGCAUGUUGAAUGUAAAGUAAAAUUGGUAUGAGCUUUCUGAAGGAAGGUUUGGAGCUUUAUAAGCUUUAAAUUGACCUACCCAAUUAUGUGCACCUGAAAUCCACAAUUUGUUUUUAAUUUCUUAUGAAAGCUGAGUUCAUUUAUCCUAAAACAUGUACAUGUACAUUUUUACCUCUGCUUUCUGUUCCUAGGAAUUAUGUGCAUAGCACAAGUAUGUGUCUGUGUGAGCAUACAGGUGCACACACAUAUCAUGGCCCUGCUUACGUCUGAAAACGUGAAACAACGUACAUGUCUUCCAGUGUGGUUUGGUUAGAUUUUUUUAUGGGUUAACUAUAAGAAACUGUACAAAUUGAAAAUGUUUCUAUAUAGCUUGAUAAUUAAGGACAUUUAAAACUACAUCUUGGGCUGGGGAUUUAGCUCAGUGGUUUCGCUGCCUGCUGCGCAAGCACAAGGACCCGAGUUUGAUCCCCAGUACCAAAAAAAAUUUUAAAAAUAAAAAUGCAUCUAUCCUGGGCCAGGGAUUCAUAGCUCAGUGGUUCUGCCGCCUACCUCGAAAGCUCAAGGCCCCGAGUUUGAUCCCCCCGUACCAAAAAAAAACCACACCAUACAUCUAUCCUGGGUGUGGUGGCAUGUGCUUGUAAUCCCAGUAUUCAGGAGGCUGAGGCAGGAGAGACCACCAGCAGCAGUUCAAGGCAAUCCUGGUCUGCAUAGUGAGCUCAAGAGCCAGCCUAAAAUACGUAGCAAAGCCCUGUCUCAAAAAUAAAAAAAAAAUUUUAAGACUAAAAACUUACAGAGGCAUUAAGUAGUUUAAGUUUCAUUAUAUACUUUUGGAUAUGAGACAUUUGCGUAUUUGGUGUUCAUUUGAGAAUCCUGAUAUAAAAAAAUUAUUGUAUAAAUAUACAUAGAUUUUUGUUUGUUUGUUUUUUCCUAGUGGUGCUGGGGAUGGAACCUAGGGCUUUCACACUAAGCUUCCUCCCAUCCCUUUUUAUUUUGAGAUAGGUUCUCACUAAGUUAGCCAAGCUGGGCAUGAAUUUGUGAUCCUCCUGCUUUGGCCUCUCAGACAGCUGGAACUACAGGCAUGCACCACUGUGUUUGACUAAAUUUUAAGCAAAAUAUCUUGGUUCACAAAUGAUUUGGUUUGCAAACAAAAGCAUUCAACAAAAUUUUGCUUCCAUUCGCAAACUUCACAGUGGGUGACAAACAUGAUCAAAAUCAUAAGACAAAUUAAGUUCACAAAUCAAGGUACCACUGUACAAUACUUGGAGUUUUUAACGUGCUAGUGAGCUAUAAUACCACUGUCCUGUUUUCUCAUUGUCUUAAUGCUUUAGUCCCAUUUUAAAUUACAAACAACUGAUAUUUUUGUCAUAAAUAAGCUACUUAUUUAUAGUCAAACUACAGCUUUUGGCAUCCUAAAAAUGCAUUUUAAAACCAUUAGUGCAUGAAAUCAAUUUAGUAUAUCAUAAUUGCCAUUAAAGAGUAAAUAACAUGUAUAUUUAUAUACAUAUACAUAGAUGUAUAUGUAUAUUUUGUAUGUGAAAGUGCAUGAUAUAUUUUAAAGGUGAAUUUUAUUUAUGAAAUGUGUAGAAUAUUUAGAAAGGCAAGCCCUGAAAUACUUAGCAAGGCACACUAAAAUCUCAAUAGCUGUUCAGGAAUAAACCUUGGCUACCUAGAAUAUACUAAAAAAUUUGGAAAUUAAAGUAAAAAAAGAUGCUUGAACCAAGCAUAAUGGUACACACCUGUAAUCUGAGCACUUGGGAAGCUGAGACAGGAGGAUCACUGUGAGUUCAAGGCCAGCCUAGGUUACAGAGUAAAUUCAAGGCUACCUGAACUACAUAGCUAGACCCUGUCUCAAAAAAGGAAAAAAAGAUACUUGAAUGAUAACACUAUUUCUGUUAUAGAUAAACACCUCAGUCUCUACUUCCGAAUUAAUUUACUGUAAUUUUUUUUUUUUUUUAAGACAGGAUCUCGCUAUGUAGUCCAGGCUGGCCUCAAACUCGAGGGAAUUCUCCUGCCUCAGCCUCCCAAGUGUUGGGAUUACAGGGCAUGUAGCACCACACCUGACUGUAAUCUUAUUUUAGAAGAUCACUAAAUGGCUCUUUUUGCCAGGUGUGGUCCCAGCAUUCUGGGAGGCUGAGGCAGGAGGAUCACAGUGAGUUUGAGGCUAGCCUGGGCUAUAUAGUGAGUUCAAAGCCAGCCUGAACUACAUAGCAAGACCCUAUUUGGAAAAAAAAAAUGGCUGUUUUCUUUCUCUGGAUCUACAACAAAUUCAAAGGAGUAAAUUGGAAGUAAGAAUCAUUCUGAAGACAGUAACAGCAGUAACAGGAAGUAUACCAGGCAGUCCAGGAAUGUCAGGGGUGCUGGGAAGAGCUCCUGAGGUGAUAGUGCAGGUAUGCUGUGUGAGGGUGGGAAAAUGCAGACUUCUUACAGCCACUAAAGCUUUCAUUUGGAGGCUACCAGGAAAACACAUUGAAGCCCUGGCUAUGAGGAAAGCUGAGUUCCACAUUCGUUCCUACCAGCACAACAGAGGCCAAGACGCUCACCCGGUCUCUGUGUGCCUUGUAAACUGCGGUGGAUGUACUAGAAGCUCUCAAGGGUUCCCACCAAUUGAGUAGUUUUCUCCUUUAAGUGGAUUUACAGGUAAAACUGUUUUAGGAUCUACAUCAUAAAAGGAUGAAUUAGAACAAGCUGGGGGGUUGAUUUGUAUACUUUUUUUUAAGACAAGGUCUUGCUAUGUAGUUCAGGCUGGCCUUGAAUUUGCUGUGUAGCCCCAGUUGGCCUCUAACUCACUGCAGUCCUCCUGCCGUAGUCUCCUAAAUGUUAGGGUUACAGGCCCAUGCCACAAUGCCAAGCUUGAUUUGUAUACUUUUUAAAGAAGGCGAAAUUAUGUUGUAUAUGUUUAUGUUUAAAUUAUGUUGUAUAUGAUUUCUAUCUUCAAAUACUGUUUUUCAGUUUCUCAUUGAUCUUGUUUCAUUAUAUGAACAUGUCCUUGAAAAUGUGAUUUGGGUGCUAGAGAUGUAGCUCACUGGCAUUGCACAUGCCUUGCAAGCACAAGGUCCUGAGUUCAAUCCCCAGUACCACAAAAAAAAAAAAGAAAGAAAGGAAGGAAGAAAAUGUGAUUUUGGACCUGCCCUGCAAGCGCAAGGACCCAAGUUUGAUCCCUGGUACCAAAAAAAAGAAAAUGUGAUUUUGAUAUUUACAGUGGCUUUAUUUCUACAGGAACUUGAGGCUACUCUGGUCCAUCUAAGGUAUUUUCCUUUUCAUCUUUUUUAUCUUUAUAUUUCUUCAUUUAUGCCUCACACUUUUUCACUUUUCGUGUU